ACCAUUCCAGAUGAUAAAAGAGGUAGUAAGACUGUUCUGGAUGAGAAGAGGGGUAGUAAAAGUAUACUAGAUCAUGAUGAAAAAACGGGUCACAAAAACAUUCCAGAUGAGAAGAAGAAGGAUCAGAGUCUUAUCCUUAAUGUACUUUUCCAAUUUCUCUUUGCUGAGCUGAAAGAUACAGCUAGGGUGAGAAGAUGGGCAGCUAGAAAGAUGAAUGCAGAAUUUGAUGAGAUGUUGACCUCUACAACUGGCAAACUCAUGAACCAGAUACAGGUGAGAGAUUUUAACUUUGGAAGCAGUUUUCCUCUGGUAGAGUCUGUGGAGCUGAGACAUGUACAGUUGUCUAAUGAUGAAGAGAUUAUUCAGACUGUAGACGUUGAGUUAGAUAUAGACUACGAGGGAGGAUUUCAGCUGACACUCGAUGUUGAUAUUAUAUUUGGUGCUUGGGCAUACUUGUCCAUCUCUGUGACUAAACUUGCUGGACGAGGGAGGUUACAGUUGACAAGGGUACCAUUUACGCACUGGUCCUUCUCUUUUUAUGAGGAACCAAGAAUGGAGUUCAAUGUAGAUUCAAGAUUUAAUGGCCGUCCAAUACCACAAAUUUCUUCACUUAUUGUAAACCAGAUAAAGAGAACUAUAAGAAAGAAGCAUGUUUUACCUAGUUACAAGAUGAGAUAUAAACCAUUGUUUGUAAAACCAGAGGAAUCAUUUGUAAACCCAGAUAUUUGUUUCCAUGGACACCGACUAGGACCAGGACAACUGUCUGUUAAGGUUCUAAAAUGUAGCAGACUGCAAGAAUUAUCUCCAGAGAGUAAAUUAUUCUGUACAUUGUCUGUAGACAAAGAAGAGAUAGAGGAGGUUUGGAGACAAAGUUGGGUAACUCUUGACAUGACAUUAAGGAUAUUACCUAAUGCUGCACCAGGAUUUAUUCUCAAAGAUCAAUUAUCAGGUGACAAAACAGAAAAGAAACGAGUGGUAGUGGAUAGUAUAACUCAAGACAGUCCUGCUGCUGAGGCUGGUUUUCAGAGGGGUGACAUUGUGGAAACUGUCGGAAAUGUGAGAGUCCUGUCUUUCAAACAUGCAAUGAAACAAUUGAAAAGUUCAACUGAAAGUGUUACCAUUCGUGUUAAAAGGCAGAGUAGAUUAGCUUUGGAUCCAAGCCCUUACUUAGAACAACCUGAGGAUUUAGAGUUUGAAGAACAUGAAAUGAAUGGUGAUAUACAAGAUGAUAUCGGAGAUUUUGUGAGUAUAGACAUUAAACACCAACGAUCCUCCUCACUGAAUGCUGAAGUACAGCCAAGUCAGGAAUCUGUGAAACUGAGUGAAAAAUUAACAAGGAAACUUCAGUCUGGGAAGAAGAAAAUAUUGGGGCUUAAGGAAAGUGAGAGAGAUAGGGACAACAGUGAUACGAAAUCUCUACUGGCUGAAGAGGAGUCAGUGCAGUCCACUGACAAAAAUGUAUGUGAGAGUAUAUCAGUGGCAAGUUGUCUCCGGGAUGGAAGUCAGUCGGCUAAAUCCUCGCCACAGAAACAGCUGAUAGAAAUCAAUAGACAACGAGCACACAGUGAUACCAGCCUUAAUAAGGUUCAGACAGGUGAUAGUGACACAGUGAGUGCUUCCAGUGAUAUUGGGAGCUAUAGUUACCCGGAGCUGCAGAGGAGGAUUGGUGAGGUUGCUACCAGAGAAAUUACAUUUUCCUCUGAUCCUGAAUGGAAUGAAGAAUUUGAAUUUGAUUGUAAAGAGGAAGACCAGUAUGUGAAUGUGUGUGUAUGGUGUAAGAUGGCACAGACAGAUAGGGCAUCUAAAAAUAUCUCCACAAUCAACAAGGCUGAUGGUCCGCAGCUUAAAAAUACCCCACCUACUGACGAUCUUCCAUCUUAUGAUCUUACCACCAAAAUAGGAUAUGUGAGUGUUCCAUUGGCAGAUAUCACCGCUGGUUGUUUACUAACAAUGCAGGGAGAUACCCAGUACACCAUGUAUCUACACCCACCUGAGGAAACCAUCACUGCUAGCCGUACAAAGCUGCCAUAUUCUGGGCAUAUAGGAUUUGACAAGAAUAUUUGUCAUGGUGAUAUUACACUGUCCUUUGUGCACAAACCUUUUAAGACUAUAGAGUCGGUUGUGAGGAAAGAGAUUAUAAGGGAUGUACUCAACCCACCUGCUGUGAAAAUCCGAGCUAAAUCUCUGGAGAGAGAACAGUUAGAUGGGCAGCACAGCUUCAGACCAUGUCAGUUUGCAUCGAAAACAUACUGUGAUUUCUGUGGGAAAAAGAUAUGGUUGAAAGGAGGACUGAAGUGUUCUAUAUGUAAGAUGGUGUGUCAUAAGAAAUGUGUAGAGAAAUGCUACAUACAGACAAAAUGCUCAAGAGAGGGGCCGAAGAUGUCAGGUAAGCCAGAGGAAACCUGGGUUCCACCUUUGAGGGGCCAGGAAAUGGAGAAAGAGGAGGGGAAAGUGGGAAAAUUCUUCAAGUUUCGUCAAAAGGAGCAGCCUUCUUUGCCAUUAAAUAUUCCUCACAAGAAUAUUCCAAACCGGGCUCAAGCAUCAUCAAGCCCAAGCAGAAGCCCAUUACGUAGCCCGAGUCCCUUUGCAAGUCUUUCAGAGCAUGUAGACAGACAUCUUACCGUAUCUGGAAUGAAGAAAAAUCUCUCAAACAAAUCUCUGCCAGGAAUGGAAAGGGUAAAUGUGGAUGAUGAUUCUGAUGAUGAAUUCAGAUAUCGUCACCCGACCUACAGUCUCGAUGAUAAUGUGGUUAUAGAAGCCAAGGAGAGAGGGAAGGAACUCUAUGCCAACUUGUCGCUACCAGAUAGAAAGAAAACGCUUGAUGACAUGGUUACAAAGCUCCAGGACACUAUAGAUAAGGAAUCAGAGUAUAAAUCUGAGUUGAUGAAGAAUUACCAGGAGAUAACAGACAUUGACCAGAGACGACUAGUGUCACAGCAACUGGAGAAAUGUGACGAGAAAAUAGAGGCAUUGAUGAUGAUGAUGGUACAUUACUGUGCUGGAUUACAACAUUGCUUAGAUCAAGAGGAAGCCCACAAGAGGUUGUUAAACAUGGAACCAACCAAUGAUGAUGAUGAUGAUGUAGUCACAGAGGAUUCUGGGAUACAGUUUGUGGUCACAGAUUCAUAGAACAAGGCAGUAACAGACGAUGCUGGGAUACAAUUCAUAGAACAAGACAAGGAACCAGGCUGUUGAAGAGCAUGCUAGGAUAAAUUUUAGUUAAAGAUUCUUAUAAUUUUAUGUGGGGAACCAGGCAAUCACAGAGGAUGCUGGGAUACAAUUCAUAGAACAAGACAAGGAACCAGGCUGUUGAAGAGCAUGCUAGGUUAAAUUAUUUUUGAAGAUUCUUAUGAUUUGGUUCCCCAAGUAGUUUCAGUAGUCUUUAAUCAUCAAGUAUGUCAAGAUUCAGUUUAUGAAUAUUUGAUUUUACAGCAUGCAGGGAGCAAGUAAAAUUUUAGUGUGUGUAAACAAAGCUUUAAAGAGAUUUAGACUUAAAAUCAUUGGAAACAAACACAUAUACUUGUUAGAAAUCUUGUAUAUAUUCAUGUAGACAGCACAACAGAGAAAUAUUUAUUUUUGUGGGCAGAAUUAUUACAGGUAGGUAGAUAGUGGGAUAUAGGGAAUAGAUUAGUUUCAAUGUAAACAGGGUAAUGGUUAGACAUGUAUUUUCGUUGGAAAACUAGCAGAGUGCAUUGUUCAUUUACCUUGUUAAAAGGUUUACAUAAUUUGCAUUUUAAAUUUCAAUACCCCAGGUCAUUUGACCUGACUAUGAUUUAGACCUGAUUUGGUUGGGAACAUUUGUUUGGAUAAUUUAUUUUCUACAUGCUAUAUAUGAUGACAACAAACAGUCAAUGGUUUUAUGUACAUGUUGGGUUUAAAGUUUUGUUUGUUACAUUAUUUUAAUGUACCAAAGUGUAAACUGGAUUUCAUUAGAAAUGUUGUAUUAAGUUAUUUUUCUUUAAGGAUUAUUGUAUUUAAUUGUUAUUGUAAUUUUUUUAUUGAAGUCAUUUAUACAUUUGCUCAUGCUUAUAUAUGUGCAAUUUAUUUAAAGAAAUGAUUCCGUGUUUGAAUCUAGUUAACUCAGAAUCUAAGUAAAGCUCUUGUGAUUGCUACCUGACUAUAGUUUCACCAUGAUGUGUAUAGAAGAAAAUUUAUUUUCUGAACAAACUUGCUAAACAUUUUUGUUAACAUAUUGUCCUAGCCAAAUUUUUUAUGGCAUACAGUGCUAGAUCUUAGCAGCAGAGCCCUAGAUCUUGGUGAAAUUACAGAAUAGACUACCAGAAGUAUGCAUAAAACUAAAUAGAACAAAAAAACAACUGAUUAUGAUCUGUUACAGACAUUUCACAUUGAGUUCUAUUAACACAUGACCCCAUUUCACAUAGAUUCUUGUAAACACAUGACAAAAACCCACAUUGAAUCAUGAAACACAGGACCUUAUUUCAGAUUGAAUAAUGUAAACGCUUGACCAUAUUUCGUGUGCAAUCUUUUAGACACAUGGCCUGUUGACUCCUAUAAAUACAUAACCUCAUGUCACAUUGAAUCCCAUAAACAUGUGAACCUAUUUCACAUGGCAUCCUGUAAGCAUGUUACAUCAUUUCACAAUAAUUCCUGUAAACACAGAACAUCAUUCACAUUGAAUCCCAUAAACACAUGACCCCAUUUCACAUUGAAUCCUGUAAACAUGUGACCAUAUUUCACUUUUAAUCCUGUAAACACGUAACACCAUUUCACAUUGAAUCCUAUAAACAUGAUCAUAUUUUACAUUGAAUCCUGUAAAUAUAAGACCUCAUUUCCAAAAUAAUCUUGUGAACAUAUGACCCCAUUUCACAUUGAAUCCUGAAAACACAGAAAACUUCAUUGCUCAUUGAAUUCUGUAAACACAUGAUCUCAUUUCACAUUGAAUUCUUUAAAAACAGGACCUCAUUUUACAUUGAAUUCUUUAAAAACAGGACCUCAUUUUACAUUGAAUUCUGUAAACACAGGACCUCUAUUCACAUUGAAUCAAUUGCAGCUGUUGUAUUUUCCCAGCAUUAAGUGUUUGGGUACUGGUAUAUCACUCAGUACAUGGUAACACAUUGAAAUACUGAGUGAACUGAUAUUUUUGUAAAUGAUACUAUUUUGAUAAAUAGGUUUUCAUCAACAUUUCACUUGUAGAUUAUAUUUUUUAUGUUUUUUCGUUAUGAUAUGUAUUACCAUUUACUUCACUAUGAGACAGAUCAUUGUUAGGACUGGUCCAGUUAUCUGAUGCAGAAUUAAGUGAAUCUGUGUUUAUGAAGAGCUGUCCUACUCACUUCUGUGCUGGCAUCCGCAUGGUUAAUGUAUGCUUCAGGCUUAGAAUAGUUGUUCGUCAUCAUCACCCACAUCAUAUGACACAAGGGCCAUAACUCUUAACACCAAUAUUGCAAGAAAUACCCUCAGAACUUCAGUUUCAAGUUUUGAUAUACUUUAUCUCUGUCUACCAAAUGGAUUUAAUUAAGAUUCUGUUUUAACUUUUGAUAUCAGGUUAGAGUUUCUGUGCACUUUUAUUCUACUGUUAAUAAAUGGAUUUGAAACAAAAUGUUGACUUGCUUCGUCAUCUGCAUUGGGGGUACUAUUUACACCGGUGAUAGCUCUAGUUGCUGCAGCUAUGCCUUCAAGCAUGGAAAUAGUCGAGCGAUGCUGUCUCCGCUAACUGCUCUUGUUAAAGAACUAAACAGGUUGUUUCCAUGACAAUCUGGAUGAUGUAAACUCUGUUACACUUAAAAAUGUUUCAAAUGCAACACUUUCCAUUCAUUUUUGAGUAAGAUAUUCAUGUUAAGCUUUGGACAAGUCAGAUUUCAACCAUUAGCCUGCUUAAUUUCUAAAAUAGACUAGUCCAUCAUUCAAUUUGGGCAAUACCAUUUAUUAUUCGAAGGGUUGUUCACUGAAAAUUUACUGACUGAAUAGUGAACAGUGCAGACCAUGAUCAGCCUGCAUGGAUGUGCAGGCUGAUCUUGGUCUGCACUGGUCGCAAAGGCAGAAUCACUUGCCGCCAGCAGGCUAAAGGUUAAGAAAUUUGCAAUUUAUCAAGUGUUGCAUUAGAAUAUGUGUUAAGUGUAAAUAUUUGUGAUUUAUAUCAUUGUCUGCUCUGCAUAUUGGUAUCUUGGCCUAUUAUUUGUAGAAGAGUGCUGUCAUAGUUUAAACUGUGCAAAAAUUGUUGUCUUCCAGAGCCAUAUAUUGCCAGUUCUGUUUUGUGGAUAUAAGGGGCAGAAAUAUUAAACAUACAGUUUUACAUCUGUCUUGUAGUUAAGUAAUGAGGGUAUUUUAUAUGUAACUGUUUUGCUAUGUUUACUGUUCAUUUAUUAUGUGCAGCAUUAUUUUCAGUUUAUUGCUUAUAGUCAUAUUUCAAUCAAAUUUUGAAAGUGCUUCUCAAGAUAUUAUUUUUUUAUUUCCUUUCAGAUUAUUUUUAUUUUGCAAUACAAUAUUAUUUGUUCAGUGCUAUCAAAUCACUAGUGCAAUAUAAGAAGUUACAAUAUUAAAAGCCUUAAAAUGUU